CGCUGAUACGUUGAAUUUCCGGUAAUCGUACUAACCAGUAACUUGGUAGCAGAUUAACGCAACGUAUCAGUGUAACACACGCCGCGUGCGUUACACUAGUACGUUAAAUUUGAAUUAUAAGCUGYUCUCGAGUUACUUACAUUAAUCUGCUAUCAAGUUACCCAAUCUCAACACAGGAAACCCAAAGUACUUUAUUGACUUAUUUAUUCAUGUACGAAUUCUAAAGCCGGGCUCCCUGUGCAGAACUCUGUCAUGGMAAUGGAUGACGUCAGAGGGAUGUGGCAUUCUUGUCGGUGGCCAUUAUUUCUGAUCGGUCGUUUCUAGUUUUGUAGGUAGCAUCUURUCGAUUUUUCUCCUGUUAAUUAUACAGCUAAAACGUAUUACUUCAAGUUAAACUGUACAAAGCACGUACAGUUCCCUGAUCCCAGAGGUGUUUUCUUCUUUCCAAAGGGUUUCAUAAUAACGCUGAAACUGCUCUUUGAAGACUCCGAUAACUAAAGGUGACUCCAGAGAAAAACCCACUUCGUAAGCGACGCUCAAUAGCUUAAGGAAGAAGAGGAAAUUGAUAAAGAUGAAAAGAAAUGCGGAAACUUUUUUUGAAACGUCACGAAGAAGCUUAUUCCUUGGAGUCCUUACUUCAGAGGAGAAGGAAGAAGAAAAGAAGUCCGAAAUGCUACUUCGUAAGCGGCGAUGCAGUUGGGCAAUUGCUAAAGACAUGAGAAAGACAAAUGAAACAUUACAGAAAAGCUUAUUCCUUAGAACCGAUACUUCAAAGGAGGAUGAUGUAGAAGAGAAGUCCGAAGUGCGAAGUAGCUUGUCCGUUGCACCAUAUCGCGUUACUUCAGAAGGCGAUAAAAAAAAUUUUCUAUUUCUUAAGCCAUGGCCUCGUACAGUUAUGGAAGACAUGGGGAUAAAAAGGAAUGCAACAUUUCAGAAGAGUACUUCAGAGGAUGAUGAAAAAGAGAAUUCCAAAGCAUCAUGCAGAUCAAAGCUUUCAAGGCUGUCUCCAACAGCGCAAAGAAAGCUCAAAGAAGACAUUGGGACAAGUACAAAAAGAAGUGGACCAAUAGUACUGAAGGCACAGAGUUCUGAGGAUGAGGGAGAAGAGGAAAUGUCGACGGUGUCGUCUUAUAAGUAUAGUAAGAAACCCAUUGGUUUUGGUGCUUUUGGAACUUGUGUUUAUUCAGGGGAGAACACAAAAGAUCGCAGAAAAGUUGCCAUUAAAAAAGUAAAUUGCCACACACAAAGACAAAUCCGUCAAUAUAAACGAGAAGUUAAAUAUCUUUUGGUUCUUAGUGGUUGCCCCAAUAUAGUUAAAUAUUUGGAUGUUGUAGUGAAACAAAAUGUUGUUUACAUCAUGUUGGAGCUGAUGGAGGGAACACUGGAAACAUUAGUAAACCAACCCAACCUUAUGCAUAACAUCAAGUUCACUGAAGUUUGUUACGACAUCAUAAGURCCCUGCAUUUCCUUCACAACCAGUCGAAUAAGACCAUUAUCCACAGAGACAUCAAACCAAGAAACAUUCUCUUCGUUUCUUCACCAAGACUCAUGCUAAAACUUGCAGACUUUGGUUUAAGUAAAAUGCUAGACAGUGAUUCCUCAAGUAUAGGGUACAAUGGUGGUACCAGAUGCUGGAUGGCUCCAGAAGUACACAGAAGUCUGGACCAAUUCUCCACUGCGUCUGAUGUAUUUGCAGCAGGGCUCGUACUUCACUACCUGAUGACAUCCAAGAAUCCAUUUGAACCGACAGAUGUGGAAUGCACUAAAGAAAAUCGUCUUUAUGUGGAGCAUAAAACUGUUGAAAACAUUUUAAGCCAAAAUUUGAAUAUUCAAAACUCCCUUUCCCCGGAGGUUGAUCAUCUCAUUGACCAAAUGUUGAAAGACGAAAAAGACCAGCGCCCUAAUGCAGAGAAGGUGUUAGCCCAUCCUUUCUUCUGGUCUAACCAAAAGAAAAUGAAGUUUCUGGAAGCCACAGCAAACCAACCAGAAAUCUUUCAAAAAUGCACAAGUGACUUCAAGAAAGAUCUCGCAUUGACUCAGUUGGAAGCCCAGUUUCAAACAGUACGAUGGUCAGAACAAAGUCCUACUAUGGUAUAUAUAUACAGUAGGAUGAUGAUGGCRGGGAGACGCAAGUACAACACCACUUCAGUAGCAGAACUACUACGUUUCAUGAGGAACGCAUAUCAACAUGUGUCAGAACCAGGACGCACAACUCUCUUCAAGGAAUAUCUCUUGAAAGACUUUAUCUUCCAGAAGGAAUUUAAAUCACUAUUGAUGUUUACGAAGUUGUUCAAAAGCAUAAAUGGGAUCAAAACAAAGAGGAAAUCGUGUGUAUGAUGUCGUCUUAGAAGAAGAUAUAUCUUUAUACUUGCCACCCUAGAACUGUGCAGGUUUUUAACAAAGGUGCAUCACAUGCACUGGUUGCAAGGGAAACUGUAUAUAAACUAUUUUCAUAGAAAAACUUGUACUGUAUUCCAAACCUGUUUGGACUGUUAGAAGGACUAUUAGCAACAUAGCAUGAUCAAGUCAUGAUUGAGCACAUAAUUUUAGUUUCAAAUUUACAUUUUAUAGAUUUUACAAACAUAUAUUUUUAGAGUAGUCAAUAAUCAUAGUCUCGAUGUUCAUUAAUAAUUCAUUGUACCCAAAUGAAUUAGAUUAUGCAAUAUUAAUAUUUUAUAUACCGAUAAUAAUAGUUAUAGUUAGGAAAAGCAUGGUCUGUGUUCAAAACUCUUAGAAGUUUUUGAUUUAUAAACAAAAUUGUCAUUAGUUUAGAACUUUAUAAGUAAUAUAUACAGUAUGAGUGGCCGUGUUUCAGCAUUGUUAUUACCAGUUGACAACAUAUUGUUGCCCGCUGAGAGCCAUUGCCAGGGAAACAUUGAAACUUGUUCAUGUCCACGUGAUACCCUCUAGCCCAAUCAGAGUAUAAGAAAAAUGUACUUUGACAGUUUGUACAUAUAUAACAGUUUAUGAUAAAUUGUAUUCAUUUUAUAACACUGAAUAUUUACAUAUUGAUUAAAAUACAUUGAAAUGGUAA